CGGCUGCAUCACCCAACCACCCCUCGCCCGGAAACACCCAUCUUCAGUUGUCUGAGGAUUCUGUCCUCCAAUCGUCGGAAAACUCCGCCCUGCAGUCAUCUGAGUUCUCCGGGCUUCAAUCGUCGGAGAACUCCACCCUCCAGUCGUCUGAGAGGCCCGACUCUCCAUUCCCUCAGCAUCUGCCUCUACUCACCAUGAUGAACCCCCGGAAGCGACGCCGCAAUUCUACAAGUGUCGUCAGAGAAACCCCCGUCUCCAGGGGUCAGUUCCUCGCCCAGGCCUUUACAUUGGGCUCGUCCAACACUGCCGCCUAUGUCUUUGGCUCUUGCGUUGGCCGCCUCUUCAAUUUCGAGUUCCCAAACAGAACCCCCAGACAGAAUGUUCCAGUUGGCCCCGGAGUUGAUGAAGCCAGACCCGACGAGGCCAAUGGCCAGGAGGGCAUUGUCGGCGAGCCAGUUGCCAACAUUGACGGCGGGCGCGAGCCAGUUGCCAACAUUGACGGCGAGCGCGAGCCAGUUGCCAACAUUGUCGGCGAGCCAAUUGCCAACACUGAUGGCGAGCCCAUUGGCAACAUUGAUGGUGAGCCCGUUGACGACAUUGACGGUGAGCCCUUUGAAGAUUCGUCCACGGACGAUGAGUGAACAAAUAUUGCUUCGAGUUACAAAUUUUGGACGGAUACGGCAACAUCAACAAAAGGAAUGGCAAACUGGGAGAUUCAUUUGAGCUGCAACUAAUUUGUGUUCGCGAUUUGAAGCCAAAUGAAGGAGAUACGUGCGAGAAAUUUUGAAAAGGAAAUGGUGACAAAAAAAUUUGAAAAGGACAGAUGCAAAAAAAAACGUGAAAAGGACAUAGAUACAAAAAAAACGUGAAAAGGACAUAGAUACAAAAAAAACUUGAAAAGCAGAUAGAUACAAAAAAAAAAUAGAAAACAAUUUUGGGUUUUUGGUACUUUGUUGGCAUCUGCAUCGUGAUGUAUUGUGUUUCAUUAUUCUCUUUCGCCAUGGACGACUACAAACGUCUCGUGAAGUUGAUUGCCACAGAUGUCGAAUGCAAGAUAGACCCAAUCCGAAAGGGCUAGUUUUUC